AUGACCCCCCGAGCAGCAACGCAAAACCCCGUCUUCGCGGCCCUCACAGAGAUCCAACGGUACACAGAUGUGUCUCCAGACCCGCAAGACUCCGACUUCAGCACCUGUCGUGCAAUGAGGCGCGACGGAGGACGGUGCAGAAACCCUCCAUGCACGCAAUACGAGCGAUGGCAGAUUCCAAGUCUGCUGUCUGAGUUCCGUGACAUGACAGAGUGUCCCGAUACGGACAGCUUCUACAGCAAGAUGGAGACUUUUGUCACUUAUACGCACUGCAAGAGGUGGCAUCGCCCUAACGCCUGUUAUGCCUUCACUGAAUGGAAGAGAGAAAGGAUUGCCUCGAGAUCCAACGCACGGCAACGUCCAGCGCGAGUUGCAAGGCCAAGACCUAGACCUACGCCGGCUGUGCAGCAGACCAAUGCUCCUGUCAUACAGCCAAUAACGGCGGCAGCACUGCAAAUGCUGCCCUCAACGCCUCGAAUCCUUGUUCCCUCAUCAGCCAGUGCGACAUCGGACGACGGCAGCUCUUUCAAUGAGAGUGUUGCGGAAACUCGUUCGCUGGCCAGCAACACCACGUUUAUGAGCUCUCCUCAUCAUACCCCCUUGCGCAAUGGAACAACUCCUGUGUUGGAGAUUCUGGAUAUUGUCGAAGAAGUCACUGCUGUUGAACAAGCCGUUCCUGUGACGAGGGUGGCUGGUCAAGGCAGAAGUCGCCAGACGGCUGUUGCUGUCCAGGAAGCACCUGUUGUUCAGGUGGAAUCUGGUCGAUCUGGUCAAUCAAGUGUCACUACAAGGAUACCUGUAGGAGAUGAAGCUCCCCGCCAGGAUAUUUCUCGAAACAAUGACGAGAGAAUGCAAGACUUGGUUCUGGCCCCUGGCAUGAGCGAUCCGGUGUCCCAAAGCGACGGUGACACGACGGAGGAUACCGUCAUUAAAGCACUUGGGAUUACUGGCCUCCAUCGCAACGGGUCAGUCAGAGACCAUUCGCCGGUAUUUCAAAUCAUCAGCAGCCAUCCGACGCCAGAGAAAAUGAGAGAAGGCGUGGUCUAUAUCCUCGAGCACAACGAGAAUCCGUCCCUUUUCAAGAUCGGGUGGUCGAGCAAGAGUGCAAAAGAAAGACUGCACCAACCCAACAACUGUUACGGUACCAACACAAAAGUCAUCUACGAGACGAAAAGGUUCGCUGGUGCACCUCAUGCGGAGAGGAUUUCUCAGAUCAUUCUUCGUCACGCAAAUAUUUGUGUGAUAGAAUGCGCUCAAUGCAAAGGGGGCCACAGAGAGUGGUUUGCUGCAAGCAGGGAAACGGUGCGCGAGACGGUUAUGUCGGUUGAAGAGUUUGUCCAGAUGCCCGCUUAUACUCUCCAAGAUGGAGAGUACAAGCUGUCACAGGAAGCGUAUGAUCGAGUGGUCAAGCAGAUGUGCAACUUUUCAGUUCUGAAACUCGGAGAGCUCAUACGAGGACCUAAAGAAAUCGUCGAGGAAGAAGAGUCUACUCUGCCCGACGUGGCGACGACAGAAGCCAUAUCAACAGCUCUGCCCCAGAUCAGUGACAUUCCUGCGGAGAUGGCUAGCUACGACAGCGACAACGAGCGUGAAGAGAUGCAGCAAGUUGAGGAGACUUUGAUUUCACCAUGUUCAGACAGCAUCAAACCUCAAAAGGAGCUGUCCGCUGGUACAAAGCUGGCAAGGAAGAUGAAGCGUCUCUUGUCUGCCGGAGACUCCGCCAAGAGAUACUUUUUAAGACCCCGAGAGCCAAAGACCCAGACGAGUGACGGUCCCAAACGCGCAUUUGGUUCGGCAAUUUCUGGCUUGAAGGGAAAGGCGCGCGAGGCGGGCACAAAGGCACGACAGGAGGCUCGAGAGUUUCGGAGAGACUUUAAGGAGGAAUUGCGCCGCAAGAGUGAAGAGUAG